AUGUGGUGGAAUUGGUUUCAUUUCGGAGUGUUCACCGUUUUCUGGAAACUCGUAAAUGGAGUUGCGAGAUUUGAGCCAACAACAAUCACUGACAACAGCCUUGUCAUCAAGAUGAUCAAGGCUGAAAACGUUUCCUCAUUCGAUAUGUUGGUUUACAUCUAUGACCUUGAUCGACAAGUCGAAUUCCGAAAGACUGAGCUACGCGGAAGUCAAAGAGAUCAGGAGUUCUCC